CAGCGAAGAUAGAUUUGCAAAGAGACUAGUCUAAAAGAGUAGGUACUUUAUCCUUUCCCAAAAUCCGAAUCCUUUAUUUUUCUACCCUAGAACUCAAUUUUCAGGGGUUAAAAAUCCUGGAAAAUCCCCAAAUUCUUCAUUUUUGGUGAAUUUGUCUGUAAUGGAGAGACUAAUCUACUCCAAUUCAAUUCCGGCUCACCGCCGCCUCAAUUCCCCGUUUCUACCCGGACCAGCCCGGGCUGAUUCGGCCCGAAAACCCGCCUUCUCUUCUUUUCCUUCUCCGACGUCGUUUCCGUCGCUCCGCCGACCCGAAUUACGCCGGUUCAACCCGCUUUCUUGUACCCUGAACGGCUCUUCUUUUCUUCCCCCCAAAGCUCUUGACGAUUGCCCUGGAAUUGACUUGUCUUUUUCUUCGGAUUCGGAAAAUGGGUUUAAACCUAAGCCCCAUUUUCUCAAAUUGGCUGCUGAAAAAUUGUCUCGGCAUCAGAAGGUAAUUAACACCGGAUCAAUUUUACUACUAUCAACAAUCAUCCUAACAUUCCUCCACCCAACUGCCAUCGUGCCGCCAGCUCUCGCCAGUUUCGAAAGCGCAGCCAAAGCCGCAGGUCCAGCCACAGUUGCUGUGGGGACCCAUCUCAUCCCCAACGAGCUACUAAGCAGCGCGUGGGCCGGUUUCUUUGCUGGUUGCCUCCACACACUAUCAGGCCCCGACCACCUUGCCGCCCUAGCACCGCUCUCCAUCGGCCGGACAAGGCUCGAAAGUGCUGCCGUGGGAGCCCUAUGGGGCUGCGGCCAUGACGCGGGCCAGCUCUUAUUCGGCCUAUUAUUCCUCCUCCUAAAAGAUAGGCUCCACAUUGAAGUCAUCCGAACAUGGGGUACUCGAGUAGUAGGCUUCACUCUCUUAGUCAUCGGUGCAAUGGGUAUCAAAGAAGCUUCAGAAGCUGCUAUCCCAGUGCCAUGUGUUGCCCUAGAAAACGGGGAGUGUGAUGUCAGCAAUUACGAGGCGGCACUCACCAGCUCAUCAUCCGGAAAAAAGAAAAUAGGGUUUGCUACAUUUGCAACGGGGGUUGUGCAUGGGCUGCAGCCUGAUGCUUUGAUGAUGAUUUUGCCUGCGCUUGCUUUGCCUUCUCGAGUAGCUGGUGCUGCAUUCCUGUUCAUGUUUUUGGUGGGGACCGUUUUUGCUAUGGGGAGUUAUACGGUGUUUAUAGGCUCGUGUAGUCAAGCACUCAAGGAUAGGAUUCCUAGGAUUACUGAGAAGCUGACGUGGGCGUCUUCGCUUGUGGCCAUUGCACUGGGAAUGUCUCUUUUGGUUAGCCAGUAUUUCGGAUUUAGCUUGUAUUGAUUUUUUUUUUUUAAUUAUUUUUUUCUGCUUUCUGGAUUUUGUUUGGCUUAUCAUCUCUUUUAGUGGUAGUUGGAGAUUUUGAGAGCAACUAAUUUAUAUGUCGAAUGUGAUAAUUUUGAAGCUGUAUAAUACAUUAUCUUCCUCAAAAGAGUGUAACAGAUUUGAAUGUUUUGUUUUGAAGAGUUAUUCGUUUAAUAUUG